UAGUUUGUAAAAAUAAAAAACCUUUCUAUUUGAAUAAAUUUUAACCAUCUUUCAAAAGAGGAAGGAAUAAAGAAUUUUUGGAAUACAUUUAACCGUCUCGUUGUUUAGAACCGAAACCGGUUUAGAACCGAAACCCGCGGUCGCUUCUUUUAACCUUGUAGGGUUUAACUUUAAGCCUCUCCCUAGUCCGUGAAAGUUGUAACCUUUCGAAAUCGUCUGAAGAAGAAUCCCAUGUCCAUGAAUGGUCGGAGAAGCUCUCCAAUUUCUCUCUCGCCUGAGAAAGUCUUCGUCUUUCCCAGACCCACUCACCUUCAACAAGCACAUCCAUCGGCUCAUCGACUCCAGCUGCGGCGUCCUCUCUCUCAAACUCGUAGCUUACCUUGUCUCCAGAGGCUACACUCCUCAUCGCUCUUCCUUCAAUUCAAUCGUAUCGCUUCUUUGCAGAUCAGGGCAGGUUAAAUUCGCUGAAGACAUCGUUCGGGCCAUGCCCAAGUUCGGAUCUUUACCGGAUGUUGUGUCUUACAACUCUCUGAUCGAUGGGUACUGUAGAAACGGCGAUGUGGGUAACGCUAGUUUGGUGUUUGAGAGGCUAAGAAGAGUCUCCGAUGGUUUGUUUAUCUGCAGACCUGAUGUGGUUAGCUUCAACUCAUUGUUUAAUGGGUUUGGCAAGAAGAAGAUGUUGGUUGAGGUUUUUUUGUAUAUGGGUGUUAUGUUCAAGUGCUGUUCUCCUAACGUUGUUACUUACAGUACUUGGAUAGACUCUUUCUGCAAAUCAGGAGAGUUGGAAUCGGCUUUGAAGAGCUUUAGGUUUAUGAAGAGAGAUGGUUUGGCUCCGAAUGUGGUUACUUUCACUUGUUUGAUCGACGGGUAUUGCAAAUCCGGGGUGGGCUUGGAGGUUGCGGUUUCGCUAUACGAAGAAAUGAGAGAAGUUGGGAUGUCUAUUAACGUUGUUACUUACAGUGCGUUGAUAGAUGGGUUCUGCAAACAAGGGGAAAUGCAGAGGGGCGAGGAGUUGUAUUUGCAAAUGCGCGAGGAUGGAGUGGAGCCUAACUCUCUUGUAUACACCGCGUUUAUCGACGGGUAUUUCAAGAAUGGCGAUGCUGAUAACGCCAUGAAGUUUCUUGCCAAAUUGCUUAACCAAGGGAUGAAGCUUGAUACCGCGGCUUACGGUGUAAUCGUGUCGGGACUCUGCGGUAUUGGUAGAGUGAAGGAGGCAGCUGAGGUGGUAGAUGAUAUGGAGAAAGGUGGUUUGGUUCCUGAUGAGAUGAUUUUGACGACGAUGAUGAAUGGUUAUUUUAAAUCCGGGCGGGUGAAGGAUGCGGUUAAGGUGUAUGGAGAGUUCAUAGCAAGAGGGUUUGAGCUUGAUGUUGUAGCGCGUACGGCUCUGAUCGAUGGGCUUGCGAAGAGCGGGCGGGUACAUGAAGCUGUAGCUUAUUUCUGCAAAGAGAAAGCUAAUGAUGUUAUGUACACUGUGGUUAUUGAUGCUUUGUGCAAAGAAGGAGACUUUAUAGAAGUUGAGAGACUCUUUGAAGCUGGACUUGUUGCGGAUAAGUUCAUGUACACUUGUUGGAUAGCUGGUUUGUGUAAGCAAGGGAACUUGGUGGGUGCGUUUAAGUUGAAAACCAAAAUGGUUCAAGAGGGUCUCGAGCUCGACUUGCUAACGUACACGACGUUGAUCAACGGCUUAGCUAGCAAGGGGUUGAUGGUGGAGGCUAGACAGGUUUUUGAUGAAAUGCUGAGAAGAGAGAUUAGACCUGAUUCAGCUGUGUUUGAUCUCUUGAUUAGAGCUUAUGAAAAAGAGGGAGACAUGACUGCUGCUUCAGAGUUGUUUCUUGAUAUGCAAGCUAGAGGGCUUGUAACAGUGGUAAGUGAUGCGGAUUGCAGCAAACAAUGUGACAAUGAAGUGACCUGUACUUGAACUUAAGUGACUUUGUCAAAUGUGAUCUUUUACAUUUAAAAAUGAAUACCUUAAACAAAAGGUACAUUAUUUUUA